UGCUUCUUGGCCGGCGCACAGGGACUAACGCUUGCGGUUCGGAUUAUUAAUAGCGUCAAUCUGCCACAAAAGUAGUAGAGCUUACCCGAUGACGGGCGCAGACAAAGCGUUCGAAACUCUUUCGCCGAACGUUGUUGUGGAUGGUCCGUCUUCACGGUUGACGAGCAACGAUGAGAAUGCUACGAUACUCUUCCAUGAAUUCGUGCCUGUCUGUGUUAGGGAACGUGCUAAUAGCUCGGAACACGUAGAAAAUCUGAAAAUUCGGAUUGCGUUUGGGUUCAACAAGCAGAAACAAAAUAAGGUUCUUCGCAUUCAGGUGACAAACGACUCAGAUCCGUUCUUCUUUCACCACACUGAAGUGUCCGAGGAGGAUUACAAGUCAAUCAAGGUUGAACAAUCUAUCCUCGUCGAGUUUUUACAAUUUCCGCACAAACUCAUUGAGUUGCUGGGAGAGUGCACCAAAAGUUAUCAUGAUGGGAAGCCACCUUUCUUGGCAGUGUUGAGAGUUGGAAGUGGGGGCUCAAGCCUGGACUCUAGUUUGGGAGUGAUCGAAACCAAUCAAUUUAAGCGUUUAUCUCACAUUUCUUUGAAUUUGAAGCACGGCGAUUCAGCCGCUGUAAAAGAGUACCUAGCUGGUCGUCUGCUCGAUGUGCAGGCCGAGCGAGACAGCUGGCUGCAGGCACACGGUGCUGUCACCUCAGAGUUGAUUUCAGUGCGUGGCGAUCUGGAAUCUACCAGAGCAGAUUUGUUUGCGGAAAGAGAUGCAUGCGGACGCAGAGAUAAUCACACACAGGCCCGCCUUGAUGAACUUGCUGCACGUCUGAAGUUGGCAGCAGUGGAGGAGUUGACAAACACAAAAACCCGCUUAGAGGGUGAAUUCAGUGCAGCAGAAGCUGGCAUGCGCAGUGCAAUAGAGGCGCUGACCUGCAGAAACAAGGAAUUGGAGUCUCGUGCCGGUGAUCUCAUCCAAACGAAAUACAAACUCGAUAGCAAUCUUUCAGAGAUUACUUCGCGUCUCAAUACAACUGAUGCAGAGCUCAAAGCAGCGAAGGCUGAACUUGAGAACCUAAGAGCUGACAAAAACUAUCUCGAAAAGGAGUUGCAGGCUCACGAAACCAGAAAUGCUCGAGACGGCUCACGUGUUGAAUGGCUAGAAACCCAGUUGAAAGAUAGGGACGAGCUUAUAAAUGUCCUGAAGGGCAAGCUCGAUGGUAAUAUUUCGCACAACUUAUCCAUGGAACAUGCGCUGGACGAUGCGCGUGUAGCUGUAACCAGGGCUGAGGAUCGACUCUCUGCCAGCGCUUGUGAAAUUCGAAAGGGGAACCAUAUUAUUGAGCGACUUCAAGCUGAACUUCGUUCUGCCAAAGCAAAAGCAAAAUUGAAGUCAACUGUUAUUUCUCAGCAGGAAAUCGUAUUGAACGAACGGCAGGGUGCGCUCGAUAAUCACGCACGUAAACACGACGAGCUUACACAUGAAUUGGAAAUCGCAAACCGUGAGAUGCAAGUUCUGAGAGCACAGGUCAAAAGCCAGAAUAAGAAACUUGAAGAGAGCCAAGCACUCCUAGUCAGCAAUCAACAAAUGAUUCAAUGGCUCAACAGCCAAGUCAAUGAGGCUCAUCUAACGCAAUUAGGAAACAUCUCAAGGCAAAACUAUAAUCCCUCACUAAGACUGCCGACUAUAAAACCAAGUGACUUCAACGUGGUUCGUCCGGGUAAGUCAGAAGCGCUAACUUUCAACAGCAAGCGAGGAAGUGUUGCAAGUGGAGCAAUAUGAAAUGUUAUCGGAGCAGUGUAAACAGGACUAGCUAUCGAUAUCACGUUUGAUUAUGAAGAAAACCCUGCUGUC